GCGGGGGAGGUGAGGGGUGCUGGCGUGUGUGCAUGUGCCUGGCUGGGUGCACACCCCGCACGCGGCGGCGCCAGGACGCGGAGCGCUCCGCAGAGCCCGGUGCUUCGCUCGGCUCUGCCGGCCGCGACCAUGUUCCAGCCCACAGCCAAGCGCGGCUUUACCAUCGAGUCCUUGGUGGCCAAGGACGGCGGCACCGGCGGGGGCACUGGCGGCGGGGGCACCGGCUCCCAUCCCCUGGCGGCGGCCGCCUCAGAGGAGCCGCUCCGGCCCACAGCACUCAAUUACCCUCACCCUGGCGCGGCCGAGGCAGCCUUCGUGAGCGGCUUCCCCGCCGCCGCCGCUGCGGGCGCCGGCCGUUCGCUCUACGGUGGGCCCGAGCUCGUGUUCCCCGAGGCCAUGAACCACCCCGCGCUGACCGUGCACCCGGCACACCAGCUGGGCGCUUCCCCGCUGCAGCCCCCUCACUCCUUCUUCGGCGCCCAGCACCGGGACCCUCUGCACUUCUAUCCCUGGGUCCUGCGGAACCGCUUCUUCGGCCACCGCUUCCAGGCGAGCGACGUGCCCCAGGACGGGCUGCUGCUGCACGGCCCCUUCGCGCGCAAACCCAAGCGGAUCCGCACGGCCUUCUCGCCCUCGCAGCUGCUACGGCUGGAGCGCGCCUUCGAGAAGAACCACUACGUGGUGGGCGCCGAGCGGAAGCAGCUGGCCGGCAGUCUCAGCCUCUCCGAGACGCAGGUGAAGGUGUGGUUCCAGAACCGCAGGACAAAGUACAAGCGGCAGAAGCUGGAGGAGGAGGGGCCCGAGUCCGAGCAGAAGAAGAAGGGCUCCCACCACAUCAAUCGGUGGCGCAUUGCCACGAAGCAGGCCAACGGGGAGGACAUCGAUGUCACCUCCAAUGACUAGGGUGGGCAGUUGCCACACAUCCACGAGGGCAGAAUGCUGUUCGCUGCUGGCCAGGCCCCUCGGGUGGGCCCGACUGGACUCUGGCCAUUCUCUGGCCAGGCUGUGGGGAGAGCCUCAAGUCACUGCCCCACAGGGCUUGGAGUCUGGGGCUGCCACCGACGGAGGGACAAGAAAUGGGCUGGCUGAGGCCCGGGACUGCUUGGCCUUCUCCACACAGAGCCUGCCUGCCUGCCUGCGCAGGCCACCAGACACUACAGCCUCUCAGCCACUCUCCAUUUCUCUGCUCUCCUUUUUGUUUUGAUGCAUUUCUGUUUUAAUUUAUUUUACAGGCACCCGCUGUAGUUCUUAGUGAUCCCUUUGUGUCUCCCUUCCCUAUGGGAAUAAUAAAAGUCUCUCUCUUAAAGACAUGGGCAUUCAGCUCUAACCCCGGGUCUGGGAGCCUGGGGUGGGGCUUUAGGGACUCAAUCCAUUAACUCCUGUUCUUUGUUGGUGUUUCACCCUGGUCUCUAGUUCCAACUCUACAGCAAGAGAAAGCAGCUAGGCAUAGGGAAGGUCCACCUGUGUCUUGAAGGCUAUGCUCAGGUCUUUCCAAACUUACUGAUCAGUGAGAUUCAGGCCAGGUGGGUCAGAGGAGAGAGAGUGUGUGCACCUCUGCAUGCUUACAGAGUCUGGUGGCUUCCCCAGUUGAGGAAAAGAAAAAACACAGAAAAAUAGGAAUAUUAGGGGCUGGGUGGAGGGGGCACCAUUCAGAGAGGCUGACAGUCCCAGCUGCAAAUCCUGGUCACACCAGAGUGUUCACUCUGUUCAUGGAGAACCCCCUUGUGCAGAUUAAAGCUUCAGAGCUGAGCCUGCAACAGGUCCCCAAGGGUCAGGGCUUCCCAGCCUGGGAAAGAGCUGCAAGGCAGGGCCCACUAAACCCUUCAGUUUACCUGCCCUUCAAUUGUCCACGUGUCUUUCCCACUGUCACACAUCAAGGAUUCCCUCAUCCAAAAAGCGAGACCUGUCUUCUUGACAUCCUUUCCCCCACAAUGUCCAGACUGUCUCUACUUCUUCACCUCCCCAGUGCUCUGCAGCCCUCUGCUCUUCGGCCUCUGCCUCACCACUCUGCUGCUGCCAAUGACAGUCACCAACCAUAGUUGUGGCUACCUCCCUCUAGUCAAACUCAACUGCUUUCCACCUGGCUUCAUCUGCACCCCAAUCUUCCUGCCAUUCCCUCCUUGAUGCCCCACCCCUCCCUGCCUUCAUUCCAGUAACUCUGACACCUUCACCUCCUGCUUCUCUGAGUGCCCCCCAGUCUUGUCCAUGACUCAUCGCCCCUGUCCAUCCAGGGUUAGUCCUCGUUCCUCCUGCCUCCUCACUGUGCCCUCCGCCUAGGGCUUUGUACCCACUUCCAGGACUUCUCUGAGCUCCCUGGUCCAAACUUCCAGCCAACCUCUGCUGAGCCACAGCCCAACUAAGCCCACUGCCAGCUGUCUGCUGCCCUCCACUUCCCUUGGCACCACAACCCAACACAUCCAUAGUUGACUCAGCUCCUCCAGGAUUGCCCACCUUGGCAAAAU